AUGCUUCCACGCACGGAUGUCCAAUUCGGACCAGCUCCACAGUUCCACGGACAGUACCGCGCUCUUCAGCCUCAUCUGACAGGCCCUGAAGUCACGCGCCCUACAGCCAGUGUCCGCGCACCCUAUCCGGACGUUGCUUCUGUGCCCUACUUUGUGGACUCCACCAGCCAGGACUUCAGCAACUUUAUCCGGUAUGACCAGGAAGAUCCUGUGUCUGCUGAGAGCAUGAGACUGCCCAGCAGCUGUGGCUCCGUGGCGGCGCCAUCGCCUGCGACAGCAAUGGCUCCCUCGAUUCCCGCUGAUGGUCCCAUGCCAUUUCCUGCCAUGUCCUCUGGAGUACCCAGUGUUUCCAAUGAGACCGACGAGGGUCGUCACAGGAACCAUCCACUUUACAGCGAAGGACCUUGCGCUGAUGGACUCUACCACUGCCCGUUCGCCAGCGAUCCAAGCUGCCAGCACAAGCCCACCAAGCUGAAGUGCAACUAUGACAAAUUCGUCGACUCCCACCUCAAGCCCUUCCGCUGCAAGCACGAGUCCUGCUCCAAGCAAGAGUUCUCAUCGACCGCCUGCCUUCUUCGCCACGAAAGAGAAGCUCACGGAAUGCACGGCCACGGCGAUCGUCCACACCUUUGCUUCUACGCCGGCUGCGAGCGCGGCAUUCCCGGUAAUGGGUUCCCAAGGCGCUACAACCUGUUCGACCACAUGAAGCGCGUGCACGACCACAAAGAGGAGUUGUCAGCACAGGAUAAAGGUACACCCGACUCUCAACGUUCGCGGAAGC